CACUUCCGGAUCUGUAACUGCGGGUCUGUAAUUGCGGUGACGUAAAGUGCUGCGGCUUUGCAAGUUGAUUGCGUUUCGUUUCAAGGGGAAAUGUGAGUGCGGCCACUUUAAGAAAGAAAAAAAAAAUAUUGUCUCCUCCACCCCUUUUUGAAUGUUGAGUGGCUCAGAACUGCAGGCGGACCUGACGCACUUUUAGUUUGUUUUUCCUUUUUAUCAGCAGGGAUUAGUAGUGCGGAUCUUCUCAUUUUGUGUCGGACGAACGAACAAAGAGCCUGGUACCCCAUCAUUAUGAAAGCCGUGCCCUGUGUUUUCGGAGGAUUAAUCCAGCUUUUGCUGGUAUUGGGCCUUGUUGGACUCGUAGCUGGAAAUUGUGGUACGCCUCCCUCUGUUACUAAUGCGGUUCCAAAGUUUGAUCUUAUGGGUGAUUACAGUGAUGGAUUCAAACUGUCAUAUGAAUGUAUACCUGGCUAUGUGAGAGAACAGGGAUCAUAUCAAAUCACGUGCUCUGGAAGUACCUGGUCUAGUCCAACUUUAAAAUGUAAAAGGAAAGAUUGUGGAAGUCCACCAGAACUUUUUAAUGGACAUUAUGAGACAAAUGAGGGAACAGAGUUUGGUGCAACUAUAACCGCUGUAUGCAGUGAAGGGUAUGUCCUUGGAGGCAGAGAUAACCGUUUAACUUGUGGUGCUGAUGGGAUGUGGUAUGGUGGCAGUCCAGUUUGUGAUCGUGUGAAAUGUCAAGACCCACCUGAGAUUGAAAAUGGGUCUCAUAACCCCGAGAAUGGUAUCGUUUCUGGAUCUGUUGUAACUUACAAGUGUAUUCCUGAACUUGAUCUAAUUGGAAUUGACAGGAUUGUGUGUGACAACAAUGGAGAGUACAAUAGUCAGCCACCAGAGUGCAAAAAGGUUAGCUGCGAUAACAUUAACGUAGUAAAUGGACAGAAGACAUCAGGAUUUGGUCCCUCAUAUAGAUACAAGAACUCCAUCACAUUCACUUGUAACAUGGGAUUCCAAUUAAAGGGACCAAGCACCAUAGUCUGUGAUGAAAAUAACAGAUGGAAACCUGAUCCUCCAACCUGUGUAAAGGAAAGCGAGGUUAGCUGCCCUAUUGUUAACGUAGAAAAUGGACAAAAGACAUCAGAAAGUAGUCCCCCAUAUAGAUACAAGAGCUCCAUCACAUUUACUUGUAACACGGGAUUUCAAUUAAAUGGACCAAGCACCAUAAUCUGUGAUGAAAAUGGCACAUGGAAACCUAAUCCUCCAAUUUGUGUAAAGGCAGGCGGAACAGUCAGUCCUCCAACCACUACUGCUUCUCCUUCUGGCAAUAAAACAGGUGUAAUUGUUGGAUCGAUUGUUGGGGGUAUAAUUGCAAUUGUCUUGCUCAUAGCAGUUGCAGUUGCUGUAAAAAAGUACAUUAUCAAAAAAAAUAGCUCGGCAAAGGAUAACAGGGUUCUCUAAGGAAGCCUGCAUCUGAAAGAAGUAUGACAGAGUGGCACUAAAGAGAGGCGAUGGAGGACUUCACAUCUUCCUCUUGAAUAAUUUUGCAUUCACAUUAAUUGAAUGAGGAGAAAAAAUCAUUCGUUUAAAAAGAAAAAAAAACAAAACAAAAGCUUUGCUUGAAAACUGCUGUUAAUAGUGGCUCUGGAGCAGUGGCUUGCCAACUUUACACUGAGGCUCUUGAGAGCAAGAAAUUGUCAUUCGCUUAAUUUGAAAUACCUAGUAGCAGUCAAGAUUUGAAAAGGCCACAUUUACUGCACAGAAGCUUCUCCUGCUUAACUAACUUCAAUUGUACUUGUCUGUCAAAAUGUCAUGUUUCACAACGCUAUGGCCUUUAUUCACUGUUUUCAUAAAAUGUAAUAAUCAAAACUGUACAGUAUAACCGUAAACUCUUGUCCUUCAAAGGAAACUCAUAAAAAGAAGAAAUAUUCACCAAUGCCUGGAAGUAACAUUAUCACACUGGUAGUAUACUUUGUCAGUGUUCUAAUCAGAAUUACGUUUCAUAUAGCAUCAAAUGAAUUUUUUUGCUUAAAAUAUAGUAUGGCAAACCUAAAACUGGAAAAAAAGUCUGACUUUCUACUUCCAUUGCUUACACAGUGGCAGUAAUUGGUAAAAGAAGUACAAUACAGACACAUUAUUUAUUGGCCUUUCCUAUUUUUAAGCACAUAAACUUCACAUAAAAUUGAGAGAUAGUAAUAGACAGAAACUGGUUUGUUGCCUAAUUACCAAGUUGAAGCGUAUUACACAGAGACGUAUUUUCAACAGAAUCUUAUAAAUGUUCUCGUCUUGUAGCAGAGGCUCCUUUGCAGUAAUUGUCAGCUUUGUUAAAAAAUGCACUUUAACCGUAUCAGACUGCUUGUUCAUGAUCCAUAGUUGCGUAAAUUUGAUAAUAUGCGAUAUUAGCAUCAAUUCAGUGACCUUCCCAAAACAAACACCUUAUUUGACAGUUGUCAGCAUUUAGUACAGCUUAUAAUUUGCAUUAUUUUAAUAGUUGUAGAUAUAAACUGGUCUUUCCUGCAUUACUGAUGGCAGACUUAAAAUAACUGGUCCAGCCAUUUCUUCAUAUUUUGUUUCAGCUUUUCCAGCAUAGGCUUGCAGAGAGCUGGAGCCGAUCCUCUCCGUGGUGGGUGAGCCACAGGACUAAGUGCUGGGUGGGAGUUCACUCGGAGAAACCCUUAUGGCCUCAUCAGCCUAAAUGGUUUUAGAACUGAUGACAGAUGCGUCAUUUUGUCUUCAGAUUUCAAUGGUGUGUGGAGGAAAAUCGGGUGAAUACCAGUAGAGCAUCAUAUGCAAAAAGUAGACCACCCAGGCAAUGUGCUGUCCAGUUGGCCCACUGUACUCUCAAACAGCAGAAUUUAGGAUUCUUAAUGGGGAUCUAAACCACAGACUUAUUUUGAUUGUAGGCAUUCGGACGUACUGUGAUGAAAAGCAAAGCACCAAAGGCUCAACCCGCGUGUAGGUUACUUUGUAUGACGCCACUUACAAGUAGCAGGAAGGUAGUAGGAGCUUAGCACCUUAAUGCUUGGGUGUCGUCGGCGUGAAGCAAAAGUUUAACUGCUGUGAUUGUAAAGUCACAUGUCUGGCAGGAUUGGAAGGCUGUGGCUUCUUUUUAUUUUGUGGCCACUUUUUUUUUUGUCUCUUAUGAUGAUUAUUUCCAUGACGUAAAUUAAUUUUGUGCUGAAAAAUGACCACAAUGGUUCUAAUUUUUACUGCACUUACGUAAUUUAUUUUAUACUUGCGUGAUUUUUCUUCUGUCUAAUGAAUAUUUUUGUCAUUAUUGUUUGCUGUUUCAUCUCAUGUUUAAAAUGUAGAUCAGAUCCUUGCUUUUUAUACAAU